CAUAUUCUGUUGUAUGCCUUUCCGAUGCGAUUAUCGGUCGUGUGGUAUUUGUUUGGUCUGUUACUCGCCACCAAGGCCCUCCUCUGCGCUGGUGGAAUGCUAAUAAGUCUUGUGUCCCGUGAUGUCGCCAGUGGAAUGAAUCCUUCCAAGAUCAAACUUGACAAGAUCGAAUGAGACCCGACAAGAUCGAAAACGUGGUUGAUGGAGUGAUAACGGAUGAAGGACAGGCGUAAUCAUGGCAGUAAUUUACGUUUCAAGUUCUACGAGUACGAACUCGUACUAUGGUACAAACGAGUAGUAUGGUACGGUACGUACGUACGGUCCUCUGUGCUGUGAAGAAACGGAAAUACGAAAUACAGAACGUAGGCACGGAAGAUAUCGUAGUUGUUCCGUACAUACUGUACGUUACGGUAAAUACAGUACGGUACGUACGCUACGGUACCUGGGCAUUGAGGUAGUACUUCUAGUAAUUCCGAGCUCUUUUGUAAGUUCCGUUUUGGCUUCCAAAGGCUACUUACGUACCGUACUACCGUACGGUACUGCAAAUAGUGAAACCUCGGACAUCGGAGAAAAGAAUCUUCUAGCGAAACAAAACCCAUCGUACGGUACUUGGUAUGCUGUUCACAAGAAGAACAUCCAAAAAUCCACAUCAUCCAUCAUGAUGGAGAACCUCGUCCCCUUUGUCGCCGGAGCUUCCUACGGGUUGACCACGGUCGUGGUUGGCCAGCCACUCGACACCGUCAAGGUCCGGAUGCAGGGCCUGCCGAGCGCGGCGAAUUCCAGCGGCGUUGCGGUCGCGGGCGACCUGUUUGCAAAGGAGGGCGUCCGGGGGCUCUACCGGGGGGGUCUUCCCCUGUUCGUCGGCGGUGCCUUUAUGCGAUCGGCCCAGUUCGGCGUUUCCGGUGCGGCCAAGGUCUGGCUCGAGGAGAACACCAACGGGGGAAAGCCGGCACCGCGCUUGUUUGGCAUUCUGGACUGGCAGGUCAUGAUUGCCGGGGCGGCGGGCGGUGUGUCGAGGGGCCUGGUAGAAAUUCCCACCGACUUUUUCAAAACGAGGCGGCAGGUGGAGCACGGCUGGAGCAUCCGGGAGGUCAUGGACGGGACCGGCGUGACGCUCGCGCGGAACACGGUGCUCUACACCGCGUUCAUGUUCUACCUCGACAUGGCGAAGCUGCUGUGCCGCCAGGGGUACGUUCCGUCUCUCCUCAUGGCGGACGACCGGGAAAACCUGUCCCCGUUCGUCAAGGGUGCGGUCUGCGCGAACCUCGCGUGGCUCACCUGCUGGCCCGCCGAUGUCGUCAAGACCCAGAGGCAGUCUGGGAACUACGCCUCCCGGAGCAACACCGAGCUCCUGAUGGAAAACCUCCGAAACGGCCGGCUGUUCCGCGGCAUCGUACCGGGUCUGGUGAGAUCGACCAUUGCCAACGGCAGCAGCAUGGUCGUCUACGAAUACGUUCUCACUACCCUCACCAAGAAGUUCGAUCUCGAACGGAGAGAUCUGGCAUAGGCGCGAGCACUGUGGUCUUUUUUGUUCUUGUAACAAGAAAGGGAACGAGAAGAAAAACCAGGUGACCACCGCAAACUCAUGGACACGCGAAAACAAUCCAAAUACGCCUCCCGAGCACGAUCCCGUGGGUGGGUUAUUUUGUUGGUCCAAAACGAGAGCUUUCGUUCCAAAAAUCAGCAUUCCACAAGAGCCGAUGGGAAAAAGAAGUCUAGAACAGUUCCACGAUUGUCGGUUGGAGAAGCGCAGGCGAUCACAAAGUAGGAACCACGCAUCCUUUUCGUUCUGGGCAUCCGUACAAGUAGAACAGAAUCGCGAAAAGGCACAACGACGCUGCGCUGGUGAGAUUUGUUCGGGGAGCAAGAAAAAGAAGAACCUGGGAAGAUAGAGGUCGUCGCGCCAACGGAACGCGUCGGACGGGAUGUAACUGGGUUUGUAGUGCGGCACAGCAGAAACAUUUUGCGACGGUGCCAUCUACAAAAAGUAGACGAACAGUAGCUGUGUGAAUAAACUGUAUCGUGUAGU